AUGGCUGUGGUUCUCAUCAGAAUUAACCAAUUUCAGUCCCUUCUUGCAAGCCACAGCCUGACCUUAGACACGAAUAAUGGGCCUCAAGCGACUCAUACGGCAGGCAUCCGACAAGCAUUGCUUGCAUCUUCAACACUGAUUCAUCAACUUGGUGCUGACAAACUGACCGGAACGUUCGUGGCGAGUGCAGGCCUGCCGUUCCUGUCUUUGUCAAUUGUCCUACUGUCACUCUCCUUUCGUCGCAAACCUGAUCUGUUCACCAAAAGUGGCCGCCCCGUGGACGCUGAAACCACCUCGUCUGUCGUCUCACGAUGCUCGAUGACAUGGGCUAGAGAUGCUGUUCGGAUUGCUGGUCAGACAUCCGGACUCGGAGACACGCCUGCGCUCGAUCACAAAACAAAGUCUAGGAGCCAACCACACUUCAAUGGAUCGUCUCCCACACUGCUGGCUCAGAUCAUCUCCCAGCGAACUCCAAUCAUCGUCAAACAGUGGAUUCUGACCAUUCUACGUACCAUCCUCACCUUUGGCUCACCCUUCUGCGUUCUGCGAUUAAUCGCCUCCCUCGAGAGUGGAUUGGGAGAAAGUAGAUGGACAUGGUUGUCUGGCAUCGCCUUGUUCUCGACGUGCGAAACCGUCGUCCACUAUCAUCAAAACUGGAUCCAGUGGUCGGAGUUUGGGAUCCCCAUCCGGGCGCAGCUGAUCACAUCAAUCUAUGGAAAGCUUCUCAAAAGCAGCAUAGGGGACAUCACGAACAGCCUUCCGGACCAGCCUGGACACUAUCGCUCACCACCAGUGAACAGCCUUUUGACUUCGGAUGCGACUACCAUCAGCAAGUUUGCUGCGAUCCACUACAUACUUCCACUAUCUUUGGUCCAAUUUCUGAUAGCACUAGCAUUCAUCCAGAAGCUAAUGGGCUGGCAAGGUAUGCUUAUCACGUUGCUUGUCACGGUGCUGACUACACCCUUGAAUAACUCCAUUGUGAGAAGACGAAAAGAUACCCAGAAGAAUCUUCGCACGGCACGAGAUCAGAAGGACAGAGCCGUCAGCGAGAUGAUUAAGGCACUCCAUCAUAUCAAACUGCAAGGGAGCGAGGAGAUGUGGAAGCUGCGGAUUAAUACUCACCGAGACCAAGAACUCCGCGCUCAAGAAAGAGAUUUGCAAUCUCAGAUAUAUGGCUCCAUGUGGAAGAUCGCAUCGCCUCUGCUCGUUUCUGGCAUCUCUAUCUUUGCUAACGCAUACCUCAGCGGAGGAACGUCAGCAUCAGUAACCUUCACAAUGCUCGAGCUUCUUCCUCAGCUACAGGGGACUUUGGGUCUGGCUCCCCUAGUCGUUCAGGACUAUCUCAGUGCAAAGGCUAGUGCUCGUCGCAUCGAAUCAUUUUUGGAUCAAUCAGACAGCGUUAACUAUCUCCAAUCGAGCCGGUCAGGAGAUAUAGUCUUUGACAAUGCGAGGUUCAGCUGGCCGAUCACACCGAGCAAUCUUGGAAUCACGACACGGAGCAUAGGAUCUCCAUUUGAGUUCAAAGACGUGAAUCUGAGAAUUCCUGCGAGCAAGCUGACGAUCGUUUACGGCAAUACAGGAGGCGGUAAGAGUCUGAUGCUUACUGCGAUGUUAGGAGAGGCCUUAUUGCUCGCUGGGACUAUCGAGGCACUGUGUCCAGCUCAAGGGUCUCCGAUUGCUUACGUUUCCCAGACACCUUGGCUGCAGGGCACAACCAUCAGGGAAAACAUACUGUUCGGAAGAUCACCCGAUCCAGAGAGAUAUAACAGUGUGCUAAAAGCAUGCGACCUGGUACAGGACAUUGAGGCGCUGCCUAAUGGCGACCAGACCGUCAUCGGCUCACAAGGGGUCAAAGUGAGCGGAGGACAGCGUGCAAGGAUAUCGCUUGCCAGAGCGCUCUACUCCGAAGCAAAGAUUCUUCUCAUGGACGACGUACUGUCGGCAUUAGAUACUAACGUCGCCAAACACGUCUUCACAGCCUUGCUUGGUCCUCUGGGGGCAGGACGGACUCGAGUUCUGGCAACCCACCAGCUUGGGCUUUGCAUGCCAGAUGCAGAUUACGCUAUUCGUGUCAUCGACGGUACAGUGCAGAUUGAUGUUCCGAGGUCUUCUGAUAUGUAUAGAACGAUGAUUCUGCCACCAGAUGAAGCUGCAAAGAAGGUCUUGAUGGAAUGUGACCUUCGGACCGUGGCAUCCAUCCGGAGCAAGACCUUGCAAAAAGAUCAUCAGCAGAAGGAAUUUCCAAAGCCGAAGUUGAGCCUCGGGCCAGUGAGGAACGAGCUCUCACAGACAACGUAUCGUACAUAUGUCAAAGCAAUAGGUGGCCGAACAUUCGUGAUGACCUAUCUGCUGACUUUAGCAAUCCGACAGUGUCUCAUCACACUCCCGAUGUGGAAUUUGAAGAACGUCAGACUUAACUCUCAAGACACAGCGACGCAUGGGUCUGCAUUGUCAGGCAUAUCUUCCCAGGCAGGCAUGUUUGUGGUUGGCUCGGCUCUUGCUGUCAUGGCGGAGUACUCCUUCGGUGCGUUUGAGGCAUCGGGGACUAUGCGUGCAUCGGAGACUCUCUUCAGCACUAUGCUCGGCACUGUCGUCCAUAUGCCUCUUGCUUGGCUUCAUGACGUACCUAUGGGAGAUUUGUUGCAAAGGUUCUCGGCUGAUUCCCAAGCAAUGGAUGACAGAUUGAUGCCGUUAAUUUCCGAGUUCUCGCAGUGUUUCAUCGAGAUCGUAACCAUCGUCAUCGUUGGCCUUGAUGUGUCCUUAUAUACUGGCUUCUUGGUUAUCGGUGGCCUAUACGCAAGCUGGAUGAUCGGCGGCUUGUACAACAAAGCUCGCAAGACUGUCCAGCGAGCAGACCGCGCGCCCACAAGCAAGAUCCUUGGACUAGCCACCUCGACUGCGACUGGACUUGCCACGAUCAGGGCCUUCGGUUCUACAGCAGCAUACAUCGAACAGAUGCACGACCAUGUUGAUGAUUUGUCCAAGGCUCGACGUUACUUUUGGAUAGCCAAUCGCUGGUUGGGUUUACAAAUGUCUCUGGUCGGCAUCAUGUUCGGCGUCGGAACUGGUGCAUUGCUUCUGCUCUCCGAAUCAGCAACUCUCAAUCCUUCAAUGUUUGGUUUUGCGCUUACCUUCUCAAUGAGGUUCUCCAGUGUGGUCUUCAAAGCUAUCAAUGGGUUCGGCGCUUUCGAGACUGCUGCGAUCGCUGCAGAUGCAAUCUCGGCGUUCCAGUAUCUCGAAACUGAGGACCAGGGAGGAAUCGAGACCGCAAGCAAUUGGCCAAGUACCGGACACAUUCAGAUCAAAGGGCUCACGGUGCGAUAUUAUGAUGCUCUACCUCCAGUGCUAAACAACAUUGACCUCACAGUCGUCCCAGGUCAACGUGUGGGAAUCGUGGGCCGGACAGGUGCAGGCAAAUCAACACUCUUGUUGGCUCUCCUCCGUAUAAUGGAGCCCGAAAAGGGUACAAUCGCCAUCGAUGGUAUCGAUAUCACUAAAGUCAGACUGCAUGAUCUUCGCCACAACAUAGGGUAUAUUCCACAGAACCCAGCAUUAUUCUCGGGCACAGUACGCUCAAAUUUGGAUCCAUUUGAUCAGUAUUCCGAGAACCAGCUAGAACACGCUUUACAGCAAGUGAUGCUGGGAGCAAAAGCUGAUAGUUUGCCGACUCUGAAUUUGGACUCCAUCGUGGUCGCCGGUGGUGACAAUGUCUCUCACGGCCAACGCCAGCUUCUGUGCCUCGCACGCAUGCUUCUUCGAGAACACAAACUCACCAUUCUCGAUGAGGCUACGUCAGCAGUAGACGACUUCACCGAUGAAGCAAUUCAGGCAGUCAUUCAGGCCGCUCCAGGACAGACACUGGUUGUCGUGGCACAUCGUCUCAAGACAGUUGCUUCAUUUGACAAGAUCAUUGUCAUGGAUCAUGGAUCGAUCGUCGAGCAAGGUUCGCCGCAGGGACUGUUCGAGGCUGGUGAUUUAUUUUACAGGAUGGUGAUGAGUAGCGAGAAUAGCAGCGAGCUUAUCGCAAGGAUUCAUGAGUAG